GUUGUGUGAAAAAUUUCUUGCUGUUAAGUUGUGGUUUUAAAAUUUUUGGAAUUUUUGUAUUAAAAUUAUUAAAAACUAAAGAAUUUUGUAGUAAUUAUUGUAAAAUAUAUUUUAAAGUAUAGAUUUAAUUAGUUAAUUGUUUGAAAAAGAAAUCACGUACUUAAAUAUGUUUAUUGAAACUUGCAUAGCACCCGUGAAUAUAGCUUUAAUUAAAUAUUGGGGCAAACGAGAUGAAGAAUUGAUUUUACCGAUAAACGACUCAUUAAGCAUGACUCUUAGCACCGAUGAGAUGUGUGCUAAAACUACAGCUGCUGCUUGUUCAUCGUUUAAGGAACAUCGUAUGUGGUUGAAUGGCGAUGAGGUGCCGUUUGAAGAAAAUCCUCGUAUUAUGAGAUGUUUAAAAGCUUUACAACGCUUAGCUUUAGCCAAAGGCGAGUCACUGAAAUUCCCUCUCGAAUGGAAGCUGCAUAUAGUGUCGCGUAAUAACUUUCCCACGGCUGCUGGUUUGGCCUCAAGUGCGGCUGGUUACGCUUGUCUAGUCUACACUUUAGCCUCUUUAUAUGGCAUAGCCGAUGAAGAGCUAACAGCAAUUGCCCGGCAGGGUAGUGGUUCUGCCUGCCGUAGUUUACAUGGUGGCUUCGUACGUUGGCAUAUGGGUAAACUGGAAGAUGGUGGUGAUUCUAUAGCAGCUCCAGUUGUUUCAGCUUCACACUGGCCCAAUAUGCAUGUGCUUAUAUUGGUGGUCAAUGAUGGCCGUAAGAAGACUAGUUCCACUAAGGGCAUGCAGCGGGCGGUAGAAACAUCUGAUCUUAUUAAAUAUCGUGCUAAAUAUUGUGUACCACAACGCAUUAACGCGAUCACUGAUGCUAUUAAAGAAAAAGAUUUUGAAACAUUUGCCAAAAUAGCCAUGCAAGACUCCAAUCAAUUUCAUGCCAUAGCUUUGGAUACUUAUCCUCCUUGUGUUUAUAUGAAUGAUGUUUCCCAUGCUAUAGCCUCAUUUGUGCAUGCCUACAAUACGGCUGUGGGACACACUAGAGUAGCUUACACCUUUGAUGCGGGACCAAAUGCUUGUUUGUAUGUUUUAAAGGAACAUGUUCCCAGUUUACUGCAAGCUUUAAAUAAAUCAUUUCCAAAUGAUAAUGCCACCAAUGUGGAGUAUUUUAAGGGCAUACCUAUAGAUGAGGAGGUUUCAGCUAAUGCCUCUGCUUCGGCCAAUGAUGAUAUUAUUUUAAAUGGCAAUUUUUCAUUUGCCAUAAAUGAACGUAAUCUACUUAAGUACAUAAUACACACAAAAAUUGGUUUGGGACCUCAACGCCUAAAUAAAGAUGAAAGUUUAAUUAAUGCCACCACUGGUCUUCCAUUUUAAAUUGCAUAUCCCUGCGAAAAAAAAACAAAACAAAUCCAAACAAAUCAAACCUGCAACUUUAGAGUGAAAAAAAUGAAACUAAUUAACUUCGAAACAAUGUAACAAAACUUAACUACAAACGCUUCAACUAGUAAACGAUGACAAUAACGAAACAAUUUUUUUAUACAGAACUUUUAGUAUUAAAUUAAUCAAUAAAUAAAUGAUUACGUAGUAAUCCUAUCUAUAUAAAUGUUUAUAUAUUGUAAUAAUAUAUACAAAUCAUAUUUAUUGAUAAUGGAUAUUUGCAAAAAGGAGUAAAAUUGUAAUGGAAGUAUAGUAUAGCCUUCCAAGUCAAAUUAUAUUAAAGUAGUAUAAUUUUUUUAUAUUUUCAAGUAAAAUUAAAUUAAAAUUUAAAUACAAAAUGCUUUGCUUACCUAACUU